UUCCACUAGGGUAUUCUAGUGCAGACAAUGUUUGCCUAAUUCAUGAACGGAUCAGACGUCGACGAGGAGGGUGUUGACGAUGGUAGACUAACACGUGCAAGAUCAAGUAGGAUCCCGUACGUGUUCAGGACCCUAGACGAGGGAGAAGAAAGACGGCUUCGUGCCGAGCGCAGAGCCCGUGCUCUCGCAGCAUCAAGAGCAGAAGCAAACGUUGCCGCUUGGGAACAGACUGCAGCAGCAGCCAGGGCAGCAACCAUGACUUCUGCAGCAGCAUCCUCCGCUGCAACUUCUGUUGCGUUCUCGUCUGGACCCCAGUUUGGAAUGCCAACAGGGUCUACGGGCACUUGCAGUUCAUCAGGUUCUAGACAGUCUACAAGUCAAAUGGCGGGCUCACAGUUCAGCCCGUUGACUCCUCGCGAAAGGGAGAUGAGAGAGCUCCAGCAGGUCGAAAGGAUCCGUGCACAAUUAGAGAAGGAACUGAAAGAAGCUACCGAUAGAGAAAAAGAGAUAAAGAAUAGAGAAACCAGGCUUGAAACGUUAGAGUCUGACAAGGCUGAAUUGGAGGGCUUAGAUGACUCAGGACUGAAUGAGCCCAUGAAAGUGUUGAGGAACAACAUGCUGUCGCUGCAUGCGCAUGUGGACAGCAGGUUGGACUUCAUGCAGAGCACUUUGGACCAGAUCCUGGACAUCCUAACAAGGCCAGGAUUUAGGCCACCAGCACAAUCGUCGUUGCCGUUAUCGGCGAUGUCAGGCCCUUUUCCAGUUCAAGCCGGUACACAGCCUAGUGGUACAUCUGCAGCAGCCGCACAGACUGUUGCAUCGUCUUCUUCGGGUCCAGCGGGGAUAGCUACAUCACCGCAACAACCUGUUCAACAACCUGGACAGACGCAAGGUCAAUGGUAUCCUAAGACCCCGAUGAAACCGCCUCUUGCCUUCUCAGGCGAGAGAAAGGACGAGGAACUCAACACAUGGUUGAGAACGGUCCCGGUUUGGGUGAAGGCAAAGAGGACCUUGCCUGAGGACGAAGUGGUAACUACUGCAUCCUACCUUGAGGGUAAGGCAGCCAAGUGGCUAGAUGGAGUAUUUGUAAAGGCCGGGUACGAGCGACGCAUGGCGGACUGGGCUAAGUCCCUGACACUAGACCAGUUUAUGGAAAUGGUAGAAGCUCGAUGGCAUAAUCCACAGGAGGCACAAAAGGCCACUGAUGCCAUUAACAAACUAGACCAACGAAAGUUCAGGUCAGUUAGAGAGCUUACGACUACCGUUGAGAGUCUGAUCCUCGUCCCAGGCAUCAACUACAGUGACCAGUUCCUGUUAACAACGUUUGUUAGAUAUUUGCCAGAGAACAUCAGGAACUUACUAGCCAGCGAGGCACGCACCGAAUACCACUCGUUUGAGACAUUGUCAAGGAAAGCCUUAGACUUAGAGGCCACGCUAGGCAAUGCUCAACCCACCUCAGGAAAUGACUCAAAGAAGAAGAAGAGUCCUCAGGAGUGGAAGAAGAAGGGGGCAAAGUUGAUGAUGGUUGAGUCUGCUGGGACUCAAACUGAGAUCGAUGAGCUCUCUGACAUGAUGGACUACUCAAAGUAUGACGGCGAGGAGAAGCCAUUCAUAGUGACCAUUGACACAAGCCAAUACGACAUUGGCGUAGUGCUGGCUCAGCAGGAGGGGAAAAAGUUGAGACCGAUUGAGUACAUGAGUAAGAAGAUGCCAUCGAAGAAGUUGGCUAAGUCCACCUACGAAAGGGAACUCUAUGCUCUCUACAAGGCACUUGUCCAUUGGAGACACUUCCUUUUGGGAAGGUUCUUCUAUAUGAGGACUGAUCAUCAGACCCUCAAAUGGAUCAAGACUCAACCGGCUCUUUCUGAUGCACUCAAGCGAUGGAUUGAGGUCAUAGACCAAUAUGACUUCAAGCUUGAGUACCUGAAGGGAGAGUACAACAAGGUUGCAGACACGCUAUCCCGUAGAGCAKACUACCUAGGUGCGCUAGUUUUUUACUUUGGCGUAUCUAAUGAAGUAACUCAAUCAUUGGUGGGAGCCUAUCAGGAAGACCCUGUCACGAUGGACAUCAUCCGCAAACUUCACGCAAAAGAUAAGGCCACAGAAAGUGAGUUUGUGAUGGUGGACGAGCUACUCUAUCUUGAUAAGGACGGAAUAAAGAGAUUGGUAGUUCCAUGUAGUGAACAGUUGCGUAGUUUAUUUUUAGGAGAAUGCCAUGACGCAAUGGGUCACUUUGGCUACAAGAAAACGAGUGUUAAUCUAGUACAACGAUUUUGGUGGCCUGGUAUGUUUGAUGAGGCAAAGAAGUACGUAGAGACCUGUCAGGUCUGUCAGCGGGACAAGCCGCGAACUCAAGCACCGCUUGGGUUGCUUAAGCCCUUACCUAUUCCCGCUGGUCCAGGACAAAGUGUUUCCAUGGAUUUCAUGGACACCCUGGUAACUAGCAAGAGUGGUAAAAGGCACAUCUUCGUCAUCAUAGACCGAUUUACCAAGUACGCUAGACUAGUUGCCAUGCCAGAAAGUGCGAGGACUGACCAUGUCAUCAAGUUGUUUAAGGACAACUGGGUGCGGGACUUUGGUUUACCAAAGACUAUCGUUAGUGAUAGAGACAUCCGAUUCACAAGUGAGCUAUGGAAGAAGACUGCGGAACAAAUGGGCAGUCAACUUCAGAUGACUUCAGGGAAUCAUCCCGAAGCCAAUGGACAAGCCGAACAGAUGAAUAGAGUUGUACAACACUUGCUGAUGCACAUCAAGCCCAACCAAGAUGAUUGGGAUGAGAAGUUGCCACUCAUCGCCAGUCUGUACAACAAUGUUGUGCACAGCAGCACCGGCGUGAGUCCUAACCAGCUACACUUGGGAUGGAAGCCUAGAUCCGCGUUAGACUUCCUCCUACUUGAAAACCAACCUGCUGCAACCCCAGGCACAUUGGAGUAUGGUGUGCAGUAUGAGAAGUUGCUGCAAGAAGUUGUCGAGCACAUGAAGAAAGAUCAACAAGCAAUGAUUGCUUCUGAGAAUCAACAUCGUAGACAGUCCACAUUUCAGGUAGGGGAACGUGUCUGGGUCAAGGCUAGCGAGCUAGGACAGGAAUUCGGAAUCUCUCGCAAACUAAUGCCUCGAUACUUUGGUCCCUGGGAAGUCUUAGAUAUAGUGGGAGAUGAGAUGGAUGGUCCCACUUAUGUCAUUCGUGUCCCUGGACACCUACGCACUCACCCAGUCUUUCAUGCCUCAAAGCUUGCACCUUUCGCUGAGACUGAUCAAUUCCCUUCCAGGAGAUCGAUGCCGCCCCCAACCAUGGAUGGACAAGUCGACAUCGAUGACAUUGUGGAUCACCGAAACAUGCCUGUUGCAAAGUCGUUGGGUCGAGGAAGACCUCCUAAACCGAAGAGAGAAUAUCGUGUCAGAUUCAGGCAUCACACGGAUCCCAACGAAGAUCCGUGGUUUACCGGGGAGGAACUGAUUGAGAGAGCUCCUCAGGUGGUGGCAGAAUAUGAAAAGAGGCUGAAAGGGAAGGCACCUGCGAAGUAAGCAUCUCAGCGGACUUUCGAAGCUAAGGGGGAUGGAAUGUGAGGAUUGAGCCCUCAAGAAGGGGCCUUGCCAUGAUGUACAUGUUCUGGGCUAAGGCCCCAGCAAGCCUAGUGCCCGCCCUAAGUGAAGGCGGGCCAGCAAAUCAACAAGAGCCCUCUGU